UAUUGAUCCACGUGAAGGCUAUGGUGUUUAUUAUCCGUAUUAUCGUAAAUUACAUUUUAUAUAUUACGUUAAUGAUUCGUUAUUCCCAAAUAACUAAUUUCAAUAUUUUUGUAUUCAUUUCAGAAUCGUGAGGGGGUAACGGGCUCUCCCCAGCGCUGGAAAACAAGACCCGGAUGUACACAAACCAACUUGCCCCACACACUAUAUUUUGCUCUCAAGUCAAAACAACGGAAACCUUCCAUUAACCAGGACUCUAGGAGACUCGGCCGUAGAAACCUUUGUGACUAUAGCUGAGCUUAACAUGCCAGAGGGGAAAGUUAAGUUAGACUUGGAAGUGGAGAAGCAAAGGACUGAGGCGAGGCGCGUAGGACCCGCCACCACCUGCCGCGGCGGCCGCCGGCCCCGCACUACCACCCUGGCCGCUUGAGGCCAUAAUAUAUAGAACACGGCAAGUUGAGACAUAAAUAAAAGGGAAAAUUCAAACGAGGAAGAUGGCGGCUUUUGAGAGCUGUUGCUGUUGUAGUCUUCGGGCGGGCAGCAUCUUCAUAGGCGUCCUCAGUCUGGUGCUAAGUGUGGGCACGGGGGCGGUGUGUGUGCUGCUGGUGACCGCCCAGGACCUCGACCAGGUCAUCCAGACGGCCUACAACACCUACCACGACCUGGAGAACCCCAUUAAGGUCUACGGCCCUAAUGGCGCGCGAGAUCUGAACCUGGAAGACCCCGAACUGAUGUACAUAGAGUGGAGUAUCAUUGCCACUCUGCUCUUCAUGUUCGUCUGCAGCGUCGUCGACGUCCUGCUGGUGAUUGGUGCCAUCAGGGAGACUCCGUGGAUGUUGCUGCCUUGGAUGGUGGUACAGUGGAUCACUAUAUUCUUCACCAUAGCCUUGUUUGGCCUGGUGCUCUGGCACGAACUGGUGGCGAUGCCCAGGUACUGGUGGGCGGUGAUGUUCGUGGUGGCGGUGGUGAUACUAAUGCUGCUCUCCUUCGUCCUCGUCCUCUCCCUCUACCAGAGUGUCAAGGAGAGGGAGAUGCCAGAGUUCUACCAGGGCGCCGAGCUGGUGCACCGCCACAUCUGGCUUUCGCAAAAAGGAAAGUACUACGACUAGCAUUGCAAGCACUGCUGGAAGAUGCGGCCGGCGACCAGGCGCCCGCACCAUCUCCAGCAGUUGCCUCUACCACUCUCCAGAGACCUUCCGGGACAGCCUCAAACCCCUCACCACCUCCAGCUUCCCCCAAUCACAAGCUCCAGGCUCCAGGGGUCUCUAGUGCCAGGAUCUACUGGACAUCAACUGGAACUUCCAGACGUGACAGCUCCGGGGUUCAGAGGCAAGCAUCCAAGGGUCCAUUGGUCGCCAAAUCCAGAUGCCAGCGGUCGCCAGUUUCAAGGUGAAAAGCCUCCUACUCCAGGAUCCACUGGUCACCAGUUCCAUAGUCCGGAUGUGGUUAGUUCCAAAGUUCACAGGUCACCUUUUCCUGGCAGCGAGGCCACCACUCCAGGUUCCAGUGGUCUCCAAUUUCAGGGUCCGGACGUCGUCAUUUCUAAGAUCCAGAGGUCGCCCGUUCACGCCAAACAGGCCGCCACUCCCCGAUCUCCUGAACACCUUAUCCAGAGCCCAGACGUUGCCAGUUCUAAGGUUCAGAGGUCAGCAGGUCAUAUCAGAGAAGUCGCCAGUUCCAGAGCUCAGGAGUCACCAAUUCGGGGACCCAUCAGCCAACACUUACGAAGUUCACAAGUCUGCGAGUCCAGACCCCACAGGUCCCCGACCAGAGGGUCUCGAAGUCCUCAAGUGUGAGGUUCCCGCAGGUCUCACACAUACGAGUCAAGAAGCCAUCAAAACUGAAAUCUAAAAAAAAAAAAAAGGUCGCCUCUAGGACACGGAGGCCCUUGAACAUCCAGUCCAGAGAUCGUUUUUCCGAGAAUCAGGACCGGGAGCUAUGUCCCUGUUCAGCCGCGUCGACAAGUGCUUGGUGUCGGACGCCUAGACAAUACACCCAGUUCGUGGUGGGUGACGCUGGAGCGAAAUGUGACUUUCAUCCAUUAACAGUUAAACAAAACUUGUAUUCCCCACUUGUAAUGUAGCUACAGGUCUUUCACAAGCACAUUUAUAUAUAUAUAUAUAUUUUGCAUGGACACGCUGACCGCCUCAGUAACUGCUUGCGCACAAGAAACUUGACUUGUCCAGUGUUGCAUGGGUGACUGUUGCCAAAAGGACUUGCCACAUGGAAAACGUCAAGCUAAUCACUUAGAAAAAUAAAGGAAAGUUUAAC